UCCAACUGUCAACCAAUUGGAAUUACUUGCGGUAUGUUACGGCGUCUGGUCUUGUGUUUUGUUUUUUAAAGUGUGAUUAAAAUUAGUAAUAUUUAAACACUAUAUAACGCGCAAUAAGUUAAGUUAAUGUGUUUAUAGAGUGAAAAAACUUACUGAUAUUGCCGAAUAAAUCAUUAAAAAGUGUACACAAGUGUUUACUGCGGUCCACAGGACUACUUGAAUUAGACUUUGGUUUUGAUUGGAAGUUUCUAGCAGUUUUAAAUUUUAUUUAAAGCCUUUAGCAGUCCCGUUAAAAAAAAUUUAGAAAAUGCCGAAAAAACAAGCAAGAAAUGGUUUUAUGAUUUUUACCAUGGAUUGGAAGUCUAAGUAUGGUAAACACUUGACAUUGCAGCAAGCUACAACAGAGGCUGGCGGAAUAUGGGCAUCAAUGACGAUCCAGGAGCGAGCUCCAUAUAAUGAGCGCGCUAAGCAGGAAAAAAUGGGCUUAAAAUCUGGCGGGGCACCAAAACUUACCUGUACUGGUAAGGCCAUUGAAGAAGUAGAAAGAGAACGAAAGGAUGCCGAGGAUCGUGAACGGAGCAUGAAACGGACUAUCGACAACACUGUGCGAAACAGUGUUAAGAAUUGCCAAUUGAAAACACAACCGUACUACUUUUUGAUGGUUAAUUAUUUCACACGUUCACUUGGAAGCGGUUGUUAUGUGCCGGCUGAAAUUUCUGUUGCUAAAUAUUCCUUACAAGAAGGUGUUUGCCGCACAUAUCAUAGUUUUAUAAAUCCUGGAUCUGAAAUGUACGGUUUACAAUAUGAGGCACAGCAUCAUUCGGAAAACACACACAAGUUACCAUUACCGCCAAAUGCUAAAGGCGAAAGAGAUUUAGGUUUAGUUUAUAAUAAUAUAUUAGAUUUUAUUCGUGAUCCAGAAACUGGCGAGUAUCCGCCAAUUUAUACCCACCGCGAUUCCAUACCAGUUGUUAAAUCUGUUUUGGAAUUUCUCAAAUCCGAUGUAUCCGCAAGAGAUGUCGUAUUUGACACAUAUUCUAUACAAUAUCUCUUGUAUAUACUCAAAGAUACUGUUAUGCAAUUAAAUGGAUCGGAUAAACAAAUUUCUAGCUACAUUACGGAUGCUGAUUUCGAAAGGGAUUUUUUCGAAUAUCAAACUGGUAUAGCUUGCGCUUAUCACGAAGAAAUUGAUAAAAGCAAAUAUUGUACACAAUCCUGUGUAGUCCGCUGGGGAUACAUGUUUUCUGACUCACUUUGUGGCGAAGUUGCUGUGGAUUUGAUACCUGGUCGUCAUGUGCCCGCCACAACUAACUUAGAAGCCAUUAUAAAUCCAGCUCCAAGCACCCAUGCCGACACUGAAUCGCAAAUUUCAAUAAAUAGUGAAAGUACUUUCGCUACCAAAGCCGUAUCCGAAAGAACCAUUUACUAUGAUUACCAAAAGGCAUAUAGACCAGCACGUGCCAAUUACACCGAUCGUUCUUUGUUGCCGUACGAUGGAGACGAUUUCCCAACGCUUGGAGCUGGUUCGUCGCGUAAGAAGCCGGGAUUUACUGUUUCAUCUGCACCAGCUAAAACUAGCCGUAUGCACACUGCACAACAGAUGAUAAUGGAUGGUGACUCACCAGAUUCUACCAUUGAUAUAAAUCCAUGGACAUUGCGUUCGCGUAAUGUACCGCGAAAACCAGAUACCUCACACUUCGAUAUAAACUAUACACGCGACGAGACCACUGAUUCUGAGUCGUCCACACCGGUUGGUUAUGGGCGUGGCAGAAUGCGCAAUAACGUAUCUUCGUCUAGCAAUGUAACAGCAGGAUCAGGACGUGGCAAGCUAUUCCAACGUUUGUAUAAAUAGUGUUAAAAUAUAUUGACACAGAAAAAAGAAACACAUAAAAAGUAAAAAAAAAAAAAAUAGUAAUACAGAAAAA